GCGCGCACAGCGGAAGUGAGCGCUGCUGACAGACAUGGCGUGUUUGCUAGCGAGCAGCGGUUCUCGCUCCACAAUGUUUUCCUCAACGCGGCGAACCAAACCCCGCUCAUGGACGAGCUGCUUACUGCUGGCGAUGUGUUUAACGUCGCUGCCAGUCUCGGCCAAGCGGGACAGCCUCCGGGAGGUGACCGACGAGAACUGGGAGGAGAUCCUAUCCGGAGAAUGGAUGAUUGAAUUCUACGCGCCCUGGUGCCCGGCGUGCCAGCAGCUCCAGCCGGCGUGGAAGGAGUUUGCGGACUGGGGGGAGGACAUGGGGCUCAACAUAGCCAAGGUGGACGUGACUGACCAACCCGGUCUGAGCGGACGAUUCAUCAUAACCUCACUUCCGACUAUCUACCACUGUAAGGACGGCGUCUUCCGGAAGUACCAGGGCGCUCGCACUAAAGAUGACUUCCUCAGCUUCGUUGAUGAGCAGAAAUGGAAAGCAGUCGAGCCGGUUUCCUCCUGGCUGGGACCAUCUUCGUUUCUAAUGAAUUCAAUGUCUGCUUUGUUCAAGCUCUCCAUGUUUAUCCGGCGUUGUCAUAACUACAUGACCGAGCAGCUGGGGAUUCCUGUUUGGGGCUCUUAUGUUAUCUUUGGCUUGGCUACUCUGUUCUCUGGUCUUGCGUUGGGACUGUUACUGGUGUUCAUCGCAGACUUUGUCUUCCCCUCACGACGAUUUUCAUCUCCAGAUUACUACCAGAAGAAACAGUCGAUGCAACAGGCAAGGUUACUCCAACAACAAGAGGAAGAGCAUGAGGCUGACGGCGAGGAAGACGACGAUGAAGAGGACGAAGAUGGCGACCAGGAUGACGUCUGGAGUAGAAGGAGAGGGUCCCCAGAGGGCCGCCCAGAACCUAAGGGACAGGGUUUCUCUGACGAAGCUCUGAGGAAGAGGGUGGUGGGCAACCGUGAGGAGGAGGAGGAAGAGGAGGACACUUAGAGUCACAUGGCCCCUACACCUUUUUGAGAAGAGCACCGUGGAGUCAGCGGAGUCGGAGGAGCCUUGGUCCCGAGCAGCAGUGUUUACAGAAGGGAGCCCUAAAUGUCCCCUCCACCCCUUAACCUCCCCUUCUUCUCCUUCUCCUCUGGGCCCCCAGAAACACCUCGCUUCUUUUCUUCUCCUUCCCUUGUUUUUUAAACGGGAGUGCUUUUAGACUCACCACCGCUCUCUCCGCCUGAGCAGCAGGCUCCACCUGGAACAAGCUGAAGCACUCCUGAUACCUGUUUCCACUCGUGGAAACAAACCGCCUGGCUGAGGUAUGAAGUGCAGUAGAGAUGGAUUUUGCAAUGUUGUUUAUGCUAUGCAUCGUUUUUUAAAGAUUGUUGUGUUUAUUAUA